GAAUGUGGGUCUGUUCGCGCACUGCUCAAAUCGAACUCGGUGAAGCGGUACUAGUGCAACCCCGCGUCUCAGCUGAGGCCAAUGAGCCGGAUCCCAGGCCCAACCCACCACCAGGCCUGCUUCAGGCCGGGGGGUCGGAACCCAGAACCGUGGUGCUCGCCGCAGCCCCUCCGAGGCCCCACCGAAGAAAUACUUCCCUCCGGGCCCCAGAGCACAGGCGGCGAUCCAGGCUUUUGGAGCGCAGUGGGAGCAGGCUACAACCAGCUCCUGGAGACACGUGACGCGUGUGGGCGGGACUUUACAAGGCCCCGCCCCUAGCAGUUAAAUAGAGGCGGCGGCGCGGCUGGCGGGGUUCGCAGAGCAGCUACGGUGUCGAGGUUGGUCAGGGUCCUUGCAGCCAGGGCUAUGGCCUCGGUGCAGGAGAAGGCGGCCGCGCUGAACCUCUCGGCUCCGCAGGUCCCCGCGCAGAAGCCUCCAGUACCAGGGAUUGAACUCAGGACUUUGUGCUUGCCAGGUCUCAGCGUGGCCCAGAAGCCCUUCGGAGCCACCUACGUGUGGAGCAGCAUCAUAAACACCCUCCAAACACAAGUGGAGGUGAAGAGGCGAAGGCAUCACUUAAAGCGGCACAACGACUGCUUCGUGGGCUCCGAGGCCGUAGACGUCAUCUGCUCGCACCUAAUGCAGAACAAGUACUUCGGAGACGUGGAUAUUCCUCGGGCCAAAGUGGUGAGAGUGUGCCAGGCACUCAUGGACUACAAAGUCUUCGAAGCAGUUCCGACCAGAGUCUUCGGAAAAGACAAAAAACCUACGUUUGAAGAUAGCAGCUGCAGCUUGUAUAGAUUCACGACAGCACGGAGCCAAGACAGUCAGUUAGGCAAGGAGAACAAACUGCAUUUACCCUCCGGGUACCCGGGUACACAAUCAUCUGAUAUCAAAUCGGACAGUUUGGAAGAGCUGUGGGACAAUUUGAGUUUAAAGCCUGCUAAUUCCCCUCACGUAAAUCUCUCUGCAACCCUGUCUCCACAAGUUAUUAAUGAAGUAUGGCAGGAAGAAACGAUUGGGCGGCUGCUACAACUUAUAGACCUUCCACUUCUUGACUCCUUACUCAAACAGAAAGAGGUUGUAUGUAAAGUUCCUCAACCAGAGAGGCAGCCUGACAUGAUUGCCAGCAGUAACUACCUGGACCGAGGGAUCCUCAAGGCCUACAGUGACUCCCAAGAGGACGAGUGGCUGUCUGCAGCCACCGACUGCCUGGAGUACCUCCCAGACCCCAUGGUGGUUGCCGUAAGCAGAAGCUUCCCUGAGCAGCCCGGAAGAACAGACCUGGUGAAGCAGCUUCUCUUUGAUGCCAUUGGCAAAUACUACAGCACUAGGGAGCCGCUACUGAAUCACUUGUCUGAUGUUCACAAUGGAAUUGCAGAGCUCCUAGUAAAUGGCAAGACUGAAAUAGCACUAGAAGCUACUCAGCUCUUCCUGAAGCUUUUGGAUUCUCAAAAUAGAGAAGAAUUUAGACGACUACUAUACUUCAUGGCUGUUGCAGCACACCCUUCGGAAUUUAAAUUACAGAAAGAAAGUGACAAUCGAAUGGUUGUGAAAAGGAUAUUCUCAAAAGCUAUCGUUGACAAUAAAAAUUUAUCCAGAGGCAAAACUGAUCUUCUAGUACUCUUUUUAAUGGAUCAUCAAAAAGAUGUUUUUAAGAUUCCUGGAACUCUACAUAAAAUUGUCAGUGUUAAGCUUAUGGCAAUACAAGAAGGAAAAGAUCCAAAUAAAGACACAGGAUAUAUUUACUGCCAGAGAAUUGACCCAAGUGACUAUUCCACCAGCACACAGAAGAAAACAAAAGAUGAAUUGUUGAAUUUACUAAAAGCUAUUGAUGAGGAUUCUAAACUAUCUGCCAAAGAGAAGAAGAAACUGCUGGGUCAGUUCUAUAAGUGUCAUCCAAAUGUCUUUAUUGAGUAUUUUGGAGACUGAAUUUCUAAUGUCUGUAUAUAAGUUGUGUAUUUUAAAAAUAAAUUAUCCUAAAGAUCUAA